CCCAACGACUCCCACGUACCCGUACCGUCUCGACCAUGCUCGCCAUAGCGCCCUCCUCAUCGCCAAACUGCUACGCACCAACGCAUCCCUCACCACUCUCCCCUCUCAGCGCAAACAUCUAUGGCCGACCGCGCCACAUGUCGAAUACCACUACCAACGCGCCAGAGAAGUCAGCAUUAAACCAAGGAGAAUCACAAACUCGGGAGAGUAAGCCCUCAGCACCCAUUUUUCAAUCCACAAGCGCACCACGAACGCCUUUCUCUCAACGACCCAUCAAACGCGCCCCAACCUCAAAUCCCGACACUUUCAAAGACAAGCGUCGAAGCAACUUCUUACGAAAAGUCUCCAAUCAGCGCGAGGAGAGACGGUAUGAAGCUCGAGGAGAAGAUUUUAUGAGAUUGGAUUUCAUGCAGAGGCAACGUGCUUGGGAAGCCGAGCAAGAGAAGGAAGCGAAUUUGGUGGCUUCAUCACAGAAAGAGGAGGAUGAGUCUGAGUUUGAGUUGCCUGGCUGGGACGAUUAUGUGCAGGCGCCAGCGGAUGAAGUGGAGGAGUUUGUGAAAGAUGAGGAAGCUGAAUUGGAAGCGAUGCUCGAGAAUGUGCCGCAGCAGGAUCAAGGGGAGGGUAGUGGGAUGUGGAGUGACGGGGCAACGGAUUAUAAUGAAUUGUUUGAUGAGGUUAUGGCGAGUCAGCAAGGAAAACACCCGAAUGUGCAGGUUGACGAUGAGAUGGAUAUGUCGUGAACACAAGCCUGAUCUGGGAGCGGAGCCAGCGAGAGACACGACUCCAAUGGGUAUCACAGCACGCAAGCGUAACGAAAUCGCCACCCCAGAUUUCUUGGCCUAAUACAGCUCAUCACUGCG